AUGCCUUCCCGAAACCCCACCGGCUUUGAUAUCAACGAAUUCAAGGCCGCGGCUAAUCCGCGGUCUGUUUGGGCUAAGAAAGACCCAUGGGCCCGACACGAGGCAUGGCGAUUCACAGGUCCCUUUUCGCGAUGGAACCGCUUCAAGGGACUUUUCCCUGGUCUGGGAACUGCCACCGUCCUUUUCGCCGGAUACUGCGUCUACGAGCACUAUUUCAUCCCCGCGGAUCACGUUAGCCACAGCCAUGGACACGCCGGUCACAGCCAUGGAGAGUCUCACCACUAG